AUGGAGAGAGAUAUGGAUGUGGAAGCGAGGAGCGGCGAGAAGAGGCGCCUAAGGACCUCCAGCAGUUCAUUCAAGACCGUCACUAGAGAGAUAGUGAUGAAGUAUUUGGAAGAGGAGCAGAGAAAACUGGAGGAAUACAAUACAACAACAGAGGAAGAGAUAGACAGCUGUAAGAGUUUCUCGGAGACGGAGACAGAUACAGAUGUGGAGGAAAUGAAUAAGGAAAGGUGCAUAAGAACCUCCAGUUCCCUCCAAAAUGUCACUAAAGAGAUAGUGAUGAAAUAUUUGGAAGAGGAAGAGGAGCACAGAAAACUGGAGGACCACAAUAUGACAACAGAUGAAGAGAUGGACAGCUAUGAGAGUUUCUCUGAGACGGAGACAGAUACGGAUGUGGAGGAGAGAAGCAAGAAAAGGCGCCUAAGGACCUCCAGUUCCUUCCAAAUUGUCACUAAAGAGAUAGUGAUGAAGUAUUUGGAAGAGGAAGAGGAGCAGAGAAAGAUGGAGGCCCACAAGAUGAUAACAGAAAAAGAGAUGGACAGCUGUGAGCACGACCACCACUCCAGAUCCGAAGUGUCCGCUCCUCUGUCCGAGCAACGAAAACUGCAUCCUGUGAAAGUGUCCUUCAGAAGGAUCAUCUGA